AGCGCGGAGGAACAACCGAACAAACAGGCCAGCGCUCUGUACCGGCGUUUCUCCUCCUGUCUCCUCCCCGCUCGCGCUGUCGCUUCGCCGCUUCAGAUCCAAACCCGCGUAUUAAAAAGCGCUCCAAGCGACCAAAACCCUAACCCUAAUCACCGCAAUUCCCCAAUCAUCGGCCCCGCGCAAAACCCUAGCCCAGCGCCACCUACCCGUCCCUCUCGCCGCCGCCGACAUGGCAGGCUCAUCCGGCGGCGCAGCCUCCUCUUCCUCCUCCCGUGGCGUGCCGGAGAACAGGUUCUAUAAUCCUCCCCACGUACGACGCCAACAGCAGCAGCAGGGGCAACGGCCGUUGCGGCCCGCAUCACCGUCGCCCUCGCCGCGGCCGGUGCGGCAGAAGCCCCCUCCGCCGGCGGCGGCCGUUGCCGCGUCGGCGGAUGUGGACAUCCGGGUGGAUUCCGACGACUCUUCGUCGACGACCUCGUCCAAGCCAUCGGUGGCGUCCACCGCGGCUACUGCAGCAGCGGGUGAGGUGAAUGUGGCCGUGGCGGAGGCGGAGGCUGGGAAUUUGGAGAGGUUCCUCGCCUCCACGACGCCCUCUGUGACCGCUCAGUUCUUGCCCAUGUCAAGCCUAAGGAUGCGGCGAGGUGGUGAUGCUAUGGAUUCACGACCUUAUUUCUGCCUGGGAGAUCUUUGGGAAUCAUUCAGGGAAUGGAGUGCUUAUGGGGCCGGUGUUCCACUUGUGCUAAAUGGCAGUGACUCUGUGAUUCAGUAUUAUGUGCCAUAUCUUUCUGCUAUCCAACUAUUUGCAGAUCCAUCAAGACCUGCUUCAAGAAACAGGCGUCCUGGGGAUGAAAGUGAUGGGGACUCUAUGGAUACUAGCAGUGAGAGCAGCAUUGAGAAUGACGUUGAGCGGCUAAGAGUCUCAUCAUCACUGGAAGGUAAACAUCGACUGGAAAAUGGUGGCAUACGAAGUGAUGAUGGUGAAGGCGAUGCAUCUUCAAGUUUUCCAAUAUUUCAGUAUAUGGAGAGGGAUCCUCCAUAUGGUAGAGAGCCUCUGACAGACAAGGUAUCAACUCUUGCACACAGAUUUCCAGCUCUGAAGACAUUCAAAAGCUGUGAUCUUCUGCCAUCGAGCUGGAUGUCUGUUGCAUGGUACCCCAUUUAUAGAAUUCCAACAGGGCCAACAUUGAAGGAUCUCGAUGCCUGUUUUUUGACAUUCCAUUGCCUAGCAACACCUUGCAAGGAUUGUGACCCUCCUACGCCAGCAUGCCCUGGCUUUGGGGGAAUUAACCGCGGCACGACUGCAGCUGGGAAACUAUCUUUGCCUAUCUUUGGGCUGGCACCUUACAAAUUACGUGCCUCCAUUUGGACAUCUGACAAAACUCAAGAACGGGACCUCGUCACCUCUCUGAUGCAGGAGGCUGACAGCUGGCUCCGCAGAAUACAAGUAGACCAUCCGGAUUUCCGGUUUUUCGUAUCCCAUUUCAGUACAACGUGGAGAUGACCCGUGGCUGUAAAUGGUUCAUUUAGUAUGAAUAUGGCAUAGAGACACCUGAGUGCCCUUUUGUAACGGGGGGGAAUGUAUGAGUUAUAAGCCUGCGUGCAUAACUUUUUCUCUUGUCUCCAGUAAGCUGUAUCUUUUGUAGGUUUGUUUUGUUGUGGGGUGAAAGUAAAGAUGGAUGGUGGAAAAAGCAAAAUUGGAGGCAUUGUGGAACUGAAGUGAAAUAUGGGGAAAAAAGAAUAAAGAUUUCCAGUUAUUAGAGUUGAGAAA